CAUUAGUCAGUCAUUUUCCACAGUGGUGCCCCCACCCACGUGUUUUUGUUUUGCACAAUGUACCAUCAUUCACCAUUCUACCCGCAUCAUUUGCAAACUGGCGAGCAAGAUUUAGAUAUGGAACGAGAAAAUGAUAUGGAUCAGAACUCCAAGAAUUCUACACAAAAGCCUGUAAAACGAGAAAAACGGAGAUAUAGAUGCCGAAAGCGGAGCCCAGCGACAAUCGAACGAGCAAAAACCGUCAGAAGAGAUAAGGCUAAUGCUCGAGAACGUCGGAGAAUGAAUAGUUUGAAUGAUGCGUUGGAGCAUCUACGUGGCAUACUUCCAGCUCUUCCAGAUGAGCCAAAAAUGACGAAAAUCGAGACUUUGAGGAAAGCCCAAGAAUACAUCGCCAGUCUAAGCUUCCAACUAUCCGGCGGCUCCCCAGACUCCUCUCAGUGCUGCGAGACGGGUUCCUGUGGCCUGUGCUCCGCGAGCCAAUCUCUUCAGUCCACACCAUUCCAAUCACCAUGCUUCCCACAACCACUACAGUACCCCUCAUCCUACAGUAAUCCACCGUCGCAAAUGUACUACCAUCAUCAUCAUCAGAGCCCAAGCUUCCCACAUCAUUGACACAAUUUUUUGUUCAAAGUUUUUUUUUUCAGAAAUUUCACAUUUUUGGGUAUCGUCUAGUCAAAUUUGCUCUCACUUGGCAUAUUUCAAUUUUUUUUUGUAAAGAAUAAAAUUUUUU